AUGAUGUUCACCAAGACUCUCGGCCUGGCUGCUGCCUUCGCUACUUUGGCCUCUGCCCUUCCUUCUGGCACCGUGAAGCGUAAUAGCACCGAGCCCGCUAGCGGUAGCGUCCUGAUCACCAACAACCUUAACAAGGACGUCUACGCCUGGUCCGUCUCCAAUGAUGUUGGUCCUAUGCAGACCCUGACUGCCAAUGGUGGUACCUACAGCGAGGCCUGGAAAACCAAUCCCAAUGGCGGUGGUAUUUCUAUCAAGCUGUCCACCGAUCAAAACCAGACCAGUGUCCUGCAAUUCGAGUACACCCAAGCCACAGAUACAAUCUACUGGGAUCUUUCCUGCAUCGACAUGGAGUCCAGUUCCGAGUUCACCGAGUACGGUUUCUCCGUUCUGCCCUCCGACGACGGAAGCAAUGCUAGCUCUUGUCCUAGUGCUGUCUGCAAGGCUGGUGAUAAUGCCUGCUCCGCUGCUUACCUCCAACCUACCGAUGACCACGCUACUCACGGUUGCCCUAUCGAUACCGGGUUGGCUUUGAAUAUCGGCCAGUAA